GUGAAGCUCCUCCCACAGCAGUCACAUGGUUAGUGAAACUCAAGUUCUCCAUAUGCUGGAAUAUUUUUUCAAAGUGAGAACAUGAGUGAUCCAGAACCCUGCAGAAUGAAACACACUGAAGAUACUGAAGAACAAAGAGUGGCUAGAAAAGGCGAUGGGUGUAAACUGAGCCCUGGGUAUUCUGCUUCGCCUUUGAGAAAAUGAAAGCUCAGACGGCCCAAUCUGGAAUCUUCCCUAUAUGUCAUCAUACGGGGAAAGGUUACCUCCCCUUUCUCUGCUUUGCCCGCCCAUGAGAAUCUGAGGUACUACCGUGUGAGGCGAGCGCAAUAUUUUUUUUUUUUUCCUCGAGGGACAUCAUGGCUUGCAAACGAGCGAAGCAUGGCAGUUGCUCAGUGUUUGGAUGUACAAAUGAACACCGGAGUCUAUUUUUAGUUCCUUCAUCCGAGCCUAUAAAGAAACAGUGGGUUAAUUUUAUUUUCCAAAAAAAUGCGCCGAUACAACUUCCCAAAGUUUUGUAUGUCUGCGCCAAACAUUUUACCGACGACUGUUUCCUCAACUUGGGCCAAUACAGUGCUGGCCUUGCAGAACGCCUGAAAAUAAAGUCUGGAUCAGUACCAACUCUCCUUGGAUCAGCUACAAACCUCAGACAAGGCAGCACAUCAAGUGCUUGCAUUCAGCUGCGUCUCUCAAGGGAUGUUGCCUGCCAGACAGACCCCCUGGAAACACAUACUGUAGGCACACAGCUAUCCUUACAUACUCUGUGGCCCCACUUUAGAAGUGAAGGUGUCCAAGCAAAUGUCUCCUGCAAAGAUUUUAGUGUUGGGACAUCCAAUGCAGACCCUUUGUGCCUGUCAUCGACACCUUUAAAGAGACCACCCAAAAGACCUCGUCUAGACCUAGAUGAACAGCUGGAGGAUGAUACAUUGGAGGACAGCUCUUUAGUGGAAGCAUCGUUAGACUCUACACUUAAGUCAGAAGAUUCAUCCACUCCCACCCACAACUGCAAAAAGUACAUAGUGUACGAGAACUGCAUCAUGGAGUUGUUUAAUGUAUGUCCAGUCUGCACACGGGCAUGUGAUGUGCGGACCCAAAGGCUGGGGACAUUCCUGUCUGUGAAGCAGUGGUGCCCCCAUUGCACAUUUAGAAGACACUGGAAUAGCCAGCCUAUCCUUGGGAGUGUGCCAUCUGGAAAUCUGCACCUUUCUGCCGCCGUGUACCUGAGUGGUGCAUCUUUCAUACAAAUCGAAAAGGUCUUCAAUGCGAUGAAGCUACAGUUGUUUAGGUAUGAAACAUUUCAACGCCAUGCCAGAGCUUUCAUUGAACCGGCAGUUAUUCACCACUGGAAAGUCACACAGGAUGUGAAUCUGCAGCGACUAAGUCAGGAGGAAAAAGUGAUAGUUGGUGGUGACAUGAGAGCUGACUUUCCAGGCCACUCUGCAAAAUAUGGCAGCUAUACAAUGAUGGAUCUCCAUACUAACACUGUUGUGGACAUUCAGUUGGUUCAGAGCAACGAGGUUGGUGGUAGCUGCCACAUGGAAAAAGAGGGCCUAGCAAGGAGUCUAGCAUUACUGGAGUCACAUGGCGUCAACCUUGAUUGCAUUGUCACUGAUCGUCAUCCACAAGUACAGAAGUUCCUCAGGGAGAGAAACAUAACCCAUUACUACGAUGUCUGGCACAUGGCAAAAGGAAUUUCAAAGAAACUGGAAGCAAUCAGUCAGCAGAAAGACUGUGAGAAACUCAAGAAGUGGAUAAAAAGCAUCAACAACCACAUAUACUGGACUGCAGCUGGCUCAACCUCCGAGCCAGAGAGAAUUGCAAAGUGGACUGCGAUCCUGAACCAUGUUCGAGAUGUCCAUACACAUGAGGAUCCUCUUUACCCUAAGUGCGAGCAUGUGAUCCGCAAGACAACUGACAAGAAUAAAUGGCUCCAAGCAGAUUCUCUAGUUUUCAACAAGUUGGAGAAGUUGCUGACAAAUAAAAGAACGCUGAAGGAUGUUGCAAAACUAAGCCCUCACCACCAAACUUCAUCGUUGGAGGCUUUCCAUGCCGUCAUCCUUCGUUUUGCCCCAAAGAAUGUCAUCUUUCCCUUUAUUGGAAUGCUGUGCAGACUCUACCUGGCUGCUAUGCAUUAUAAUGAAAAUGCGAACCGGCCACAGGCCGAAACGGAGGACGGUGUACCUCUCUUCAAAAUCUCAUUUCCAAAGACUAGGAAGGGAGAGUGCAUAGUUAAACCUCAAAAGACACAGCCGACCUUUGGUUAUGUUGCUGACAUGAUGGACCUCAUCUUUGAGAAAGUCUUUGUCAACCCUAUGCCAUACACCGAUGCGCUGUUGGCCAUCCCUGUCCCAGAGGACCUAUCAGCACAGUAUGAGAAGCCGGAUAGGGAGGAGGUCAUUGCCAACUUUGUGUCGAUGUUCAAACGGGGGGCAGUUUAAACCCGACGUAUUGGCCUUCAUCGUCAGGAAAUUCAGAGCGGAUGCGCAGGACCACACAAGCUGGAAUAAUGACCCGGAUUCUGCGUCCCAGGUGGCCCCAGCCCCAGCACCAGCUCACAAAUGAACGAUAGGAGAGAUACCUGUAGCGACUAAACAAUUGAUACUGAUAUUCAGUCUUGCAGAGAUUUAACAUUGGUUUGUGUUAUUAUCUAAGCAAAUGAAGAGUUUGGUUCCAAAACGUAAUAACUCCAUUUUGAUUAAUUUGAGUAAAAAGGUGUUUUCUUUACUAAGAAAGUAGCAAGUUGAAAACCACUAUUGUCUGUUUCAAACUUUCACAUAGCAUCUUUUGGUUAUAAAAACAUUAAAAAUUCAAAUCUACAUUUUGAUUUUAAAAGGUUUAUUAUUUUAGAUUAAUUUUUUCCCAACAUGCAAUUAAUCCAUCAAUAUAAAAGUUAUUUUUCAAAUUGAAAACAUACAACAAAGUUGAUUCACAUAUAUGACAGCCUCUGAACUUUGCCAAUAUUUAUCUUAUAUGCAGGCAUUUUACUAAAAAUACAAAAAUACUUAGAGCAUUGGGGAAAACAUGGCUGUGCCCCAGAUAAAGACGGGAUCGUGAGAGAUGACCAGAUACAAAACUGAUUUUGGCCAAAACUCAAUUUUUUAAAAAAAAAUGGCGUUUAUCGCGUUUUGGAACCAAACUCUUCAAAUGUUCCUAAGCUCCUAUGGAUCAUCUUCAAUGCUUGUUUUGUAAUGUUUUUCAACUUUUUGUUUUCUUUCUGAUGUAAAUAUGUCUUGACACUGUCUACACUAUUGAAUGAAAAUUAGACACAAGGUUUGUUGGUGGAAUAAACAGUCAAGACUCA